AUGUUUCUGGCUAACCAAGGCUUGCUACCGCCAAUCGAUGAAAAAGCGGAAAGAAUUUUAAAAGGUGUUAAAUCGCGUGAUAGUUACGGGCUAGUGAUGUCUGCAGUGGAAAAAUCACAGGCAAUAAAGCAACAUGAAGCACAAAGCCGCCCAGAGACACCUCACGAUACAGAAAUGGCAGAGUCAGCGGCACUUGGUUCAGACGGCGCUAUGCUGCCAUACAACCCUGGCUCGAUGGCCGCUCCAGCUACACCGGGGGCCCAAGGACCCACUGGUGCGGCCAUCACGGCGACCGUGCCCCGCCGGCCGCCGGCAGCGCCGCGCCCUAAGUGGCAUGCCCCUUGGAAAUUGUUCCGGGUCAUCUCUGGGCAUUUAGGCUGGGUGAGAUGUGUGGCUGUCGAGCCGGGCAAUGAAUGGUUCGCUACAGGUGCAGCAGACAGAGUUAUCAAAAUUUGGGACCUAGCAACAGGCAAAUUGAAAGUAUCGCUCACUGGACAUGUUAGCACAGUAAGAGGCCUUGAAGUAUCACCGCGACAUCCUUACCUGUUCAGUUGUGGUGAAGACAGACAGGUUAAAUGUUGGGACUUGGAAUAUAACAAGGUGAUCCGGCACUACCACGGGCACCUGUCGGCGGUGUACGCGCUGGCGCUGCACCCGAGCAUCGACGUGCUGGUGUCGGCGGGGCGGGACGCCACUGCGCGCGUGUGGGACGUGCGCACCAAGGCCAACGUGCACACGCUCACCGGCCACGGGGACACCGUCGCUGCCCUGUCCUGCCAGGCGGCGGAGCCACAGAUAAUAACCGGGUCGCACGACUCCACGAUCCGGCUGUGGGACCUGGCGGCCGGCAAGUCCAUGUGCACGCUCACCAACCACAAAAAGUCGGUGCGCGCGCUGGUCAUCCACCCCACGCAGUACACCUUCGCCUCGGCGUCCCCGGACAACAUAAAGCAGUGGCGCUGCCCCGAGGGCAAGUUCAUCCAGAACCUGUCCGGGCACAACGCCAUCGUCAACUGCAUGGCGGUCAACCCCGAGGGCGUGCUGGUCAGCGGCGGCGACAACGGCACCAUGCACUUCUGGGACUGGCGCACCGGCUACAACUUCCAGCGGCUGCAGGCGCCUGUACAACCGGGGUCGAUGGACUCUGAGGCGGGAAUAUUCGCGAUGACCUUCGACCAAUCGGGCUCUCGACUGAUCACAACGGAAGCGGAUAAGACAAUAAAAAUAUACAAAGAGGACGAAACCGCCUCAGAGGAGACACACCCUAUCAACUGGCGGCCGGAGAUAUUGAAGAGGAGAAAGUUC